UAGUUCAAUCCAUUUUAUAAGAUGCCCAAUUCAAAGGGUAAGCGGAGGGGACAGGGACAGGACCAGGAGAAAAGUCGGCGGGGAAGGUUGACGGGGAAGGCGUCAUCGUUUCACGGAAGGAUUCCAGUGCAGUGUUUGUCGACGACGGCGACAGCUGAGCUCCGGCGUCCGAAGACGCUGCCGGAACUGCGGUCGGAGAGGAAUAUUCCCCUUGGAAUUUCUUCCCCGGAGGGAAGACCGAAGUUGACGAAAUUGCUAUUGAACGUGACAAUCCAAGGUAGCCUAGGUGCGGUGCAAGUUGUUAUGUCGCAGGAGAACGCCGUCGGAGACCUAAUCGCCGCCACGGUGAGGCAGUACGCGAAGGAAGGCCGCCGCCCAAUUUUGCCGUCAACAGAUCCCUCACGCUUCGACCUCCAUUAUUCUCAAUUCAGCUUAGAAAGUAAGUUUGGGAAGGGGGGAGAAGCUGAUGGCGUUAGGGUCGAGAAAUUUCUUCCUAUGCCCAAAAAGAACGGGGACGGAAGGUGGCGGGUCAACGUCGUCGUGUUCGAAAGAAGCGGAGGAGGAGGUUUCAAAAUGCGGGAUUCCUUGGCUGAAGUUUAUCGAUUUCCUGCUAUAGGUCGGAAUUAAUUGCUUAGUCAUGGUUUAGGUUAAGUGUUGCGAGUUCUAGAUUAUUCACCAUCCAGGAAUUGAAAUUGCCUUUUUGGUUUUUAGGUUGGGAUACUGUGGGAGAGAUCUCAAUUUUUUCUGUGUUUUCUCUUUUUAAUUUUCUCUACUUUUUAUUUUGGACGAUAGACUAGCUGUCCGGUCGAGGCACCACGAAAAACCAAAUAUGUACAGUUUCAGAAUACUAUUAUGGUAAUGGAUUAUUGAAGUU